AUGAAGGAGUUCCUAGCCAAAGCCAAAGAAGACUUCCUCAAGAAAUGGGAGAACCCCUCCCAGAACACAGCCAGUUUGGAUCAAUUUGAUCGAAUCAAGACCCUGGGCACGGGCUCAUUUGGGAGGGUGAUGCUGGUGAAACAUAAAGAGACCGGGAAUCACUAUGCCAUGAAGAUCCUGGAUAAACAGAAGCUAGUGAAGCUCAAACAAAUUGAGCACACCUUCAACGAGAAACGGAUCCUCCAGGCCGUCAACUUUCCAUUACUCAUCAAACUAGAGUAUUUUUUAAAGAAGCUGCUACAAUGGAAAUGUCACCCCUGCUCCGUGCCGGCUGCCUGGGACUGGGCUGGGUAG